AUGGCCACCACUAAUGGUGGUUAUGCCACCGGCGCGGGCAAAGACGAAGCUGAACUGCGCCGAAGAAAUGUCACCAGUUACGAAACCGCCAAUGGACAACACGUAUACAAAGUCGAGGCUGAAGACAAGAAAAAGCUUCAAAAGCCCCAACCCGGUGUACUCGCCAUUCUUGAUGAAUGGGAGUUUGUCAUCGCACCUGUUAUCUUCACACUCCUAGCCUUGUUUACCAGGCUAUACAAGAUUGGACUUUCUCCUAUUGUGACGUGGGAUGAAGCUCAUUUUGGAAAGUUCGGCUCCCACUACCUCAAGCGAGAGUUCUAUUUCGAUGUCCAUCCUCCCCUGGGCAAGAUGCUGGUUGGCUUGUCUGGCUACCUUGCCGGCUACAACGGCUCCUUCGAAUUCAAGUCCGGCGAGACAUACCCUCCUGAGCUCAACUACACCUUCAUGCGUAUCUUCAAUGCACUUUUUGGCGUCGUAACAGUGCCCCUGGCAUACUUCACAGCAAGACAAUUGAACUUCAGCCGCGCGACUGUCUGGCUGGUCACCCUCAUGGUGCUUUGCGAGAACUCUUACGCCACCAUUUCUCGUUUUAUCCUCCUCGAUUCCAUGCUCCUCUGCUUCACCUUCACGACCGUGGCCUGCUGGGCAAAAUUCCACCGACUGCAAAAUCAGAGCUUCUCUGUUGAGUGGUUCGUGUGGCUUAUUCUUUCCGGCUUAAGCAUCGGGUGUGUCUGCAGCGUCAAGUGGGUGGGUUUCUUCGUGACCGCCUUGUUUGGACUCUACACGGUGGAAGAUCUAUGGAACAAAUUUGGGGAUCUCAAAAUGCCCAAGGUUGAAUUGGCUAGUCAUGUGGGCUUUCGAGUGAUCGGUCUCAUUAUCGUUCCAGCCAUCGUUUACAUGUUCUCCUUUUACAUUCAUUUCUUGAUCUUGGAAAAUUCCGGGCCAGGCGAUGCUCAGAUGUCAUCGUUGUUCCAGGCGAACCUUCGUGGCACUGAGGUCGGCAAGGAUUCCCCUCUCGAGCUCGCUUUGGGAUCCAAAGUCACCAUCAAGAACAUGGGAUAUGGUGGUGGGCUACUCCACUCUCAUUUGCAAACUUAUCCUGAAGGCAGUGGUCAACAACAAGUCACUUGCUAUCACCACAAAGAUGCCAACAACGACUGGUUCUUUUAUCCCAAUCGGAGUCAACCUCUUUAUGAUCCAGAAGAACCUCUCAGCUUUGUUGCUGACAAGCAAGUCAUUCGCCUGAUCCACGCUCAAACCGGCCGCAAUCUGCACUCUCACAGCGUUGCGGCCCCCGUGACGAAAGCUGAUUUCGAGGUCUCUUGCUAUGGAAAUACCACAGUGGGUGAUGAAAAGGAUCACUGGCAGAUCGAGGUCGUCAGCGAUGCUGCUUCCUCAGAUCGAUCACGCAUUCGGACUUUAACCACAUCUUUCAGAUUGAAACAUGUCGAUCUUGGCUGCUAUCUUCGUGCAGGGACAGUGAAUCUUCCUCAGUGGGGUUUCAAGCAAAUCGAGACGACAUGUGUCAAAAAACCAAGUUCUCGCGAUGUUUAUACGCAUUGGAAUGUCGAGUCUCACAUCAAUGAGCGAUUGCCACCUGGUGAGGCCAAGAAUUACCGUUCACCUUUCUUCAAGGAUUUUAUCCAUCUGAACGUUGCAAUGAUGACAUCGAACAAUGCCUUGGUGCCGGACCCGGAUAAACAGGAUGAUCUGGCGUCUAAGUUCUGGCAAUGGCCUAUCCUCCACGUUGGUCUCCGCAUGUGUUCGUGGGAUGACAGUGUCACCAAGUAUUUCCUGUUGGGCAAUCCCCUUGUCUAUUGGGGCUCGACUGCGUCCGUCCCAAUUCUCGGACUAAUCGUCCUCUGGCAUUUGGUGCGGUGGCAACGAGGCUACAAUGAGCUAAGCCAGAAGGACAUCGACCAAAUCCACUACGCUGGUCUUUACCCUGUGGUUGGUUGGGUGUUUCACUACCUGCCUUUCCUGAUUAUGGGACGUGUCACCUAUGUGCAUCACUAUUACCCAGCACUGUACUUUGCAAUUUUGGUGGCAGGGUUUUGUGUCGACUGGACAACACAAAGACUGAACAAGCAGAUCCGAUGGGGAGUGUAUUCCGUACUAUAUGCCGCCACCAUUGGACUGUUUGUCCUCUUCAUCCCUGUUGUCUUUGGCAUGCAAGGAAGCAACCGACAAUACGCAUAUCUUCGGUGGUUCAGCCGAUGGAGAAUCUCAGAUGCUUGA